AUGGAUACCGAGGGGGGCGGUGCGUCAUUGCGCUUGGAGAAUGAGAAACUGCGGCACGAGAAUGACGACCUGAAAAUAAUGCUUGGCCUGAUGAAAGAAAACUUUGAUCUGAAGUCCAAGCUUCAAACCUCCACUCUAACCAGCGACACUGUCAGGGAAUCGACAGGUAACUGUUCAAGUAUCGUUUACGCAUUGCAAUCUCCAUCUCCUGUGUGGGUGAUGGUGGUGCGUGUGCCGCUCUUUGCCACUAAAGGGCAUCCGAGACACGUGACACGUCAGUACAGUUAGCAUUAAUCGGCAGGGUUGGAAAGGCAUUGAAGAAAAUUGGAAUUGGAGAAUUGGAUUUGGAAUUUCAGUAUACAUCGUGAAUUGAAAUGGAAUGAAUCCCAACUCUGCAAGUCAGUACUGCCAUGCAGGUCCUAGCAACAGCACCAGCUAAGAUCUUGGACAUAUAAUAAUAAUAAUAGGGGUGGCAGGUAGCCUGGUGGUUAAGCGCUUUGGGCCAGUAACCGAAAGGAUGCUGGUUUGAACCCCUGAGCCGACUAGGUGAAAAGUCUGUCUGUGCCCCUGAGCAAGGCACUUAACCCUAAUUGCUCAUGUAAGUCUGCUAAAUGACUAAAAUGUAAAUAAUUUAUUCAAUUUAUUAUAUAGCUCUAUUCAUUACAUAAAGACAUCUCAAAGUGAUGUAAAGCAACAACAAAAAACAAGCAAUUUAAAAACAACGUUAAGUGCAUUAGUUGAUCUACUGUCAAGAGACUGAAGGUUGAGAAUGUUAAUGGUCCCGUUCAAUUGCUUAGACGUUGCCAGAUCUUAAAACGCCUGUAUAGGUAUUUUACCUAUCGGCUAACCAAAUCAUAUGUUAUAACAAUCUGGCAGUCGAUGACGUGGCAGGCAACCAUUGGUUGAUGCAUGCGACGUCUAAGCAACCCAUGGCUUGAGUGAGGUGAGCAGAGGGAGGAUGUGGUCAAAGGGGGAGAACAUCUACAUAUAUUUGCUUAUUAUUUUUGCCAGGUCUCGUUUUGUCUCAAUUUGUCACCCUUUUUGCAUUUAGAAUUGAUUCUGAUUAUAAUUUCCUACCCCCAGGCAGGAACACAACUAUUCAGUGGCAAGACACCGUGGAUGAGGACAGAUUCAAACAUGAGCUGCAUCAAUCGUCCAAACAUCCUCCCAGAACAUCUUCCCCAAUUAACCUGGAGUCCUACACCAAGCGCUGCAUGUGCACAGACCCACGAGAACAUGAAGAGACUGCGAGCUAUUCUUAUGUCAUGUCUCAGAAGGUGAAAGGUGUGUGAAAUGGUCGUUUGCUCAUCACAACUUUGGGCAUGAUCCUUAGAGAUAUGUUAGUCAGAAAUUGAAUCCCCAUUUUGUAUCAACUGAGCUGAUUAUGACAAUAUUGUAAUAGCAGAAUAUAAAAAUAUUUCUUCAAACCUAUUGUGUGUCCCAAAUUGCACCCUAUUGCCUAUAUAGUGCAUAACUUUUGACUAGGGCCCAUAGGGCUCUGGUCAAAAGGAGUGCACUAUAUAGGAAACAGGGUGCCAUUUGGGACGUUAUAUUUUGUUUAGAAUAGAAUAGAAACAUUUUGUUAAACUACCUGUGGAUUCAUGUUUAUGUUGGUGUAAUGUGAUCUAUUGGAACUAAUCCAUGCAGAUUCAGAGGUUGGUGUUGUAAUGGUGUUUAUGUUAUUGUUCAGAUCCAGAACGGUUGGUGGGGGAGAUAGCCUUCCAGCUGGAUCGAAGGAUCCUGUCCUAUGUGUUCCAGAGCCAGACCAGACUCUAUGGGUUUACUGUGCUCAAUAUACCAGACAAGAUCAUUCAGGUGGGAACGGUGUGUGUGUGGAUGUGCAUCUGUGGUCCUUUACACAAAAGGCUGAUAUUCCAGUUUUUGAAUAAUAAGAAAGUUUAACACCAUAUUCCUUCCUUCUGUCUGCUUGUCACGAGUGUCAGUGUAAUGCGGUGGGUCGAAGUCAGGCACAGGACUCAGAACUCAAAGAAAACGUACUUUACUAACAAGUAAAGAAACAAAUACAAAGUACCUCCACACAGGGAGGAGCAAACCCGCUCACCAAACGACACACGAAACGAAAUAACAAACACGCACAAAACACAAUGGGAGCCACCGGGUUAAAUAGGGAAGGAGUAAUUACGCGAUGGGAAACAGGUGUGUGACAAUCAGACAACAACAGGUAGAACAUAGAAAAUAGAUCAGCAGUAGCUAGUAUUCCGUUGACGACGAACGCCGAAGCCUGCCCGAGCAAAGAGGAGGGGCAGCCUUGGCAGAAUCCGUGACAGUACCCCCCCCCCCCCCCCCGACACGCGGCUCCAGCCGUUCGUCGACACCGGCCUCGGGGACGGCCAGGAGGACGUGGCGCGGGGCGAGUCGGAUGACUGCGGUGGAAAUCCCUCAACAUGGAGGGAUCGAGGAUGUCCCUCCUAGGGACCCAGCACCGUUCCUCCGGACCGUACCACUCCCACUCCACGAGAUACUGCAGGCUCCCCACCCGACGCCUUGAAUCUAAGAUGGAACGGACCGAGUAUGCCGGUGCCCCCUCAAUGUCCAUUGGGGGCGGAGGAACCUCCUGUAUCUCAGACUCCUGGAGUGGACCAGCUACCACCGGCCUGAGGAGAGACAUGGAACGAGGGGUUAAUACGAUACUCAGGAGGAAGCUGUAACCUAUAACAUACCUCGUUCAAUCUCCUCAGGACUUUGAAUGGCCCCACAAACCGCCGACCCAGCUUCCGGCAGGGCAGGCGAAGGGGCAGAUUUCGGGUCGAGAGCCAGACCCGGUCCCCCGGUGCAUACACCGGAGCCUCACUGCGGUGGCGGUCGGCGCUCGCCUUUUGCCGCCUGAUGACCCGCUGCAGGCGCACAUGGGCAGCGUUCCAGGUCUCCUGUGAGCGCCGAAACCAUUCAUCCACCGCAGGUGCCUCGAUCUGGCUCUGAUGCCAAGGUGCCAGGACCGGCUGAUAACCUAAUACACACUGGAAAGGAGUAAGGUUAGUGGAGGAGUGAGUUUUGGGCCAUCUCUGCCCAGGGGAGGAAAACCGACCACUCCCCCCGCCGGUCCUGGCAAUACGACCUCAGAAACCUACCCACCUCCUGGUUGACUCUCUCCACCUGCCCGUUACUCUCAGGGUGAAACCCUGAGGUCAGGCUGACCGAGACUCCCAGACGUUCCAUGAACACCCUCCAGACCCUUGAGGUGAACUGGGAACCCCGAUCAGACACUAUAUCCUCAGGUACCCCAUAGUGCCGGAAGACGUGUGUAAAUAGGGCCUCAGCAGUCUGUAGGGCCGUAGGGAGACCGGGCAGAGGAAUGAGGCAGCAGGACUUAGAAAACCGAUCCACAACGACCAGGAUCGUGGUGUUCCCUUGUGAGGGGGGAAGAUCCGUCACGAAAUCCACCGAUAGGUGGGACCACGGUCGUUGUGGAACGGGUAGGGGUUGCAGUUUCCCUCUGGGCAGGUGUCUAGGAGCCUUACACUGGGCGCACACCGAACAGGAGCCCCGGAUAAAUCUCUGGUAGUAGUUGGCAAACCCCCCCCAAUUUUUAAAAUAAAAAAAUCAUUUAAAAAAAUAAAUUAAUUGCUGCACUUCCUUCACCGUGGUUGGAGUCGACCAAUUACGCACGGCCGAAAUGCGGUCACUCUCCAUCCUCACCCCAGACGCGGACAUGUGGUACCCUAGGAAGGAGAUGGACUCCUGAAAGAACAGGCAUUUCUCCGCCUUGGCAUAAAGGUCAUGCUCCAACAGUCAUCCAAGCACUUUACGCACCAGGGACACAUGCUCGGCCCAUCUAGCGGAGUAUAUGAGAAUGUCAUCAAUAUACACCACUACACCUUGUCCGUGCAGAUCCCUGAAAAUCACAUCGACAAAGGAUUGGAAGACUGAUGGAGCAUUCAUCAACCCGCAUGGCAUGACGAGGUACUCAUAGUGUCCUGAGGUGGUACUGAAUGCCGUCUUCCACUCAUCUCCCUCCCGGAUACGCACCAGGUUGUACGCGCUCCUGAGAUCCAAUUUCGUGAAGAAGCGCGCCCUGUGCAAUUACUCCGUCAUACAAGCUAUCAGAGGUAGUGGAUAGCUGUACUUGACGGUGAUCUGAUUAAGACCACAGUAAUCAAUGCACGGGCGUAACCCACCAUCCUUCUUCACGAAAAAGAAACUUGAGGAAACAGGUGAAGUGGAAGUAUCCCUGUCUCAGCGAUUCGGAGACAUAUGUUUCCAUAGCCGCCUUCUCCUCCUGUGACAGAGGAUACACAUGACUCCGGGGAAGUGCAGCGCCCACCUGGAGAUUUAUCGCACAAUCCCCCGGACGAUGGGGUGGUAAUUUAGUCGCCCUCUUUUUACUGAAGGUGAGAGCCAAAUCGGCAUACUCGGAGGGAAUGUGCAUGGUGGAGACCUGGUUUGGACUCUCCACUGUAGUAGCCCCUAAGGAAACCCCUACACACCUCCCUGAGCACUGACUGGACCAUCCCUUGAGAGCCCUCUGUUGCCAUGAAAUGGUGGGGUCAUGAGUGGUUAACCAGGGAAGUCCCAACACCACAGGAUACGCAGGAGAAUCAAUCAGAUAGAGACUAAUCCUCUCCUCAUGACCCCCCUGCGUCCUCAUUAAGAGUGGAGCGGUGACCUCCCUGAUUAGGCCUGACCCUAACGGGCGACUAUCUAAUGCAUGUACAGGGAAGGGCACAUCAACACGUACAGUGGGAAUCCCUAAACUAAGUGAAUACUGACGAUCAAUAAAAUUCCCAGCAGCGCCUGAAUCUACUAGCGCCUUAUGCUGGAAAUGAGGAGAAAACUCUGGGAAAACAACCUCAAUACACAUAUGAGCAACAGGGAGCUCUGGGUGAGUCAGGUGCUUACUCACCUGAGACAGUCGACCAGUGCUCUGCCUACUGCCUCGACUCCCUGGGGACCCUCCCCAGCACCGACCAGCAGUGUGUCCUCUGCGGCCACAGUUGGUACAGGGGACGGCCCCUCUCCUGGUCUCACUAAGCGCAGCACCCCCGAGCUCCAUGGGGGUAGGGUCGGAGGUGCUGGGGGAUGGAAUGGACGGGCCCCGAUCAGGACAUCCGCGGGUUUCCAACAGGUUAUCCAGCCUGAUGGACAUAUCCACCAAUUUGUCCAGGUUGAAGUUGGUAUCCCUGCAGGCCAGUUCCCGACGAACGUCCUCCCUUAGGCUGCAUCGAUAGUGGUCGAUCAGGGCCCUCUCAUUCCAUCCUGCGCUGGCUGCCAGAGUCCUGAACUCCAGCGCAAAAUCCUGCGCGCUCCUCCUCUCCUGUCUUAGGUGGAACAGACGUUCGGUGAAAUCCUUGUAGAGGACUGAUGUAGCGUCUAUACUUCCCCACUCGGCGUUGGCCCACUCGAGGCCUUCCCCGAUAGACAGGAGAUGAAGGUGGACACGCUCUCGUAUCCCGAGGGCGCCGGGUGAAUGGUUGCCAGGUAGAGUUCUACCUGGAGAAGAAAACCCUGACACCCGGCUGGUGUACUGUCGUAUGCCCUCGGGAGCGAGAGCCGAAUCCCACUGGACCCAGGUGGCGAAGGGGUGGACAGUGGUGUGGGUGGUUGAGCGGUUGGAGGAGGUGUAGGAAAGCCACCUCUCUCCCAUCGUUCCAUAGUAUUAACCACUCUCUCCAUAGCGGUGCCGAGAGCCUGGAUCAUGCUCUCCUGUCGUUGGACGCGUUCCUCAAUAGAUCCAGACAGACUGGCUGUACCUGCUGACUCCAUACUGGUGCGUGUCACGAGUGUCAGUGUAAUGCGGUGGGUCGAAGUCAGGCACAGGACACAGAACUCAAAGAAAACGUACUUUACUAACAAGUAAAGAAACAAAUACAAAGUACCUCCACACAGGGAGGAGCAAACCCGCUCACCAAACGACACACGAAACGAAAUAACAAACACGCACAAAACACAAUGGGAGCCACCGGGUUAAAUAGGGAAGGAGUAAUUACACGAUGAGAAACAGGUGUGUGACAAUCAGACAACAACAGGUAGAACAUAGAAACAUACAACAUAGAUCAGCAGUAGCUAGUAUUCCGGUGACGACGAAUGCCGAAGCCUGCCCAAGCAAGGAGGAGGGGCAGCCUCGGCAGAAUCCAUGACACUGCUAAGGGAUAAUAGGCUAGUUUAACACCAUAUUCCUUCCUUCUGUCUGCUAAGGGAUAAUAGGCUAGUUUAACACCAUAUUCCUUCCUUCUGGCUGCUAAGGGAUAAUAGGCUAGUUUAACACCAUAUUCCUUCCUUCUGUCUGCUAAGGGAUAAUAGGCUAGUUUAACACCAUAUUCCUUCCUUCUGUCUGCUAAGGGAUAAUAGGCUAGUUUAACACCAUAUUCCUUCCUUCUGUCUGCUAAGGGAUAAUAGGCUAGUUUAACACCAUAUUCCUUCCUUCUGGCUGCUAAGGGAUAAUAGGCUAGUUUAACAACAGGGUGUGGUGGGGUGCCAUGUAUUCAUUUCAGUGAUUCACACAUAUAUGGAAUUCAAAGCCUCCAAACUGGUUUCUUCCCACGUCAAAAUGGUUUUCCAUUUCCUAAGAAGUUAAUUGCAAAUCUGUUCUAAACAAAUGUGUAAGAGAGUUGGAUAAUGGCAUGUACAGUAUAACUGAAUUAGAAACUCUACAGGCUAAUCCCACUCCCAUGAGACUGUGACUGCGUCCCUUAUGGCAUCCUCUAACCUAUAUAGUGCACUACUUUUGACUGUGUGUGCGUCCCAAAUGGCACCCUAUUCCAAAUGAGCCCUAUGUGGGCCCUGGUCAAAAGUAGUGCACUAAAUAGGAAAUAGGGUGCCAUUUGGGACUGACAUUUCUGUUUUCACUCAAACUAAAGCCUUGACCCCCUCCCCCCUCAUUUCCUCAGGUGUCCACACACCCUCUGACAGGAAAGGUGGACGAGGGCUAUCGGCUGCAGCUGUCCCAGCGUCACUCUGAGCUGAUGGCCAGGCUGAACCAUCUAGGCUAUAGUAUGACUCUCCACCCCCCCUUCACAGAGUUCAUCAUCAACACCUAUGGCAUCCUGAGGCAGAGGCCUGACUCCUACAGCACUCAGGAGCUGGGAUACAACAGGUGAUGAUGAAGCUUCAGGGUACAAGCUCGGCUGUGGUGUCACAGCACACCUUUCCUGCCAUCAGGUCGGAGGUAUCGGACAAUUACUGUAAAUGCCGUACUGCAUGCUUCGGGAGGAGUUUCAUCCCUGCGGGGGGAUAUCACCAUGAUUCAUUAACAAUUCUAUGAAGCUUCCUCCUAUAUGUGCAGGUGUGGCGGGGUGAAGUACUAGGACUUUAUGGGACUAUUUACUGUUGUUUGUUUCCUGCCAUGUUACAAUGUGGUUUAUGUAUGUAAUGUGUGGUUUAUAUAUGUAAUGUGUGGUUUAUGUAUGUAAUGUGUGGUUUAUAUGUAAUGUGUGGUUUAUGUAUGUAAUGUGUGGUUUAUGUAUGUAAUGUGUGAGCUGUGGUAGGAUUUUCCUCUUGUAGGACAAUAAACAACAAUCUAAUCUAAACAGCCCGGACUUCCUGAGGAGAGUAGUGAUCAACGCAGCCCCCUCCAAGCUGCUGAAGGAUAUCCUGCUGCUGUUCAGCUGCCUCUCUUUCAUGGCCAGGCAGGACGGCAAGCCCCUCUUCCUCUGGUAG